CCUUCACGAAAGUCCCUCGCGGCUCUGAACGGGAGGGCGGGGCUGCAGGACGCGGGAGACGCCGCGCGAGGUGGUGACCUCCGGUGCGUCGUGUGGUCUUCCCCGGUAGCUCGAGGUGCGGCGGCCGCGCAUGCGCGGAGCUUCAGCAGGUGGUGCCGCCUCAGUUUCACGGACAGAAAUGGUGUCGUGGGUGCGAACGAUGGGGGAGAAACUGAAGCAGCGGCUGCGGCUGGACGUAGGACGUGAGAUCUGCCGUCAGUACCCGCUCUUCUGCUUCCUGCUGCUCUGCCUUAGCGCUGCUUCUCUGAUCCUUAACAGGUAUCUUCAUAUUUUGAUGAUAUUCUGGUCAUUUGUUGCUGGAGUUGUCACAUUCUACUGCUCAUUAGGACCUGAUUCUCUCUUGCCAAAUAUUUUCUUCACAAUAAAAUACAAACCCAAGCAGUUGGGACUUCAAGAACUAUUUCCUCAGGGUCAUAGCUGUGCUGUUUGUGGUAAAGUGAAAUGUAAACGACAUAGGCCAUCUUUACUUCUUGAAAACUACCAGCCAUGGCUAGACCUGAAAAUUUCUUCCAAGGUUGAUGCAUCUCUCUCAGAGGUUCUUGAACUAGUGUUGGAAAACUUUGUUUAUCCAUGGUACAGGGAUGUAACAGAUGAUGAGUCCUUUGUUGAUGAACUGAGAGUAACGUUACGGUUUUUUGCAUCUGUUUUAAUACGAAGGACUCACAAGGUGGAUAUUCCAUCUAUUAUAACCAAGAAACUCUUGAAAGCGGCAAUGAAGCAUAUAGAAGUAAUAGUUAAAGCCAGACAGAAAGUAAAAAAUACAGAGUUUUUACAACAUGCUGCUUUAGAAGAAUAUGGUCCAGAGCUUCAUGUGGCUUUGAGAAGUCGAAGAGAUGAAUUACACUAUUUAAGGAAACUCACUGAAUUGCUUUUUCCUUAUAUUUUGCCUCCUAAAGCAACAGACUGCAGAUCCCUGACCUUACUUAUAAGAGAGAUCUUAUCUGGUUCUGUGUUUCUUCCUUCUUUGGAUUUUCUAGCUGAUCCAGAUACUGUCAAUCAUUUGCUUCUCAUCUUCAUAGAUGAUAGUCCACCUGAAAAAGCAACUGAACCACCUUCCCCAUUAGUUCCAUUCUUGCAGAAGUUUGCAGAACCUAGAAAUAAAAAGCCAUCUGUGCUCAAGUUAGAAUUGAAGCAAAUCAGAGAACAACAAGAUCUUUUAUUUCGUUUUAUGAACUUUUUGAAACAAGAAGGAGCAGUCCACGUGUUGCAGUUUUGUCUGACUGUUGAGGAAUUUAAUGACAGGAUUUUGCGACCAGAGUUAUCAAAUGAUGAAAUGCUUUCUCUUCAUGAAGAGUUGCAGAAGAUUUAUAAAACAUAUUGUUUGGAUGAAAGUAUUGACAAAAUUAGAUUUGACCCCUUCAUUGUAGAAGAAAUUCAAAGAAUUGCUGAAGGCCCAUACAUAGAUGUUGUAAAACUUCAAACUAUGAGAUGCCUAUUUGAAGCAUAUGAACAUGUUCUUUCUCUCUUGGAGAAUGUAUUUACCCCUAUGUUCUGCCACAGUGAUGAGUAUUUCAGACAACUUUUAAGAGGUGCAGAAUCACCAACACGCAAUUCAAAAUUCAACAGAGGUAGCCUAAGUUUGGAUGAUUUUCGAAGCACACAGAGAAGGGGAGAAUCAUUUGGAAUCAGCAGAAUAGGCAGCAAAAUUAAAGGCGUGUUCAAGAGCACUGCAAUGGAGGGAGCUAUGCUGCCCAAUUACGGUGUGGCUGAAGGCGAAGAUGACUUUAUUGAAGAAGGAAUUGUUGUAAUGGAAGAUGAUUCUCCAGUAGAAGCUGUGAGCACACCUAAUGCUCCCCGAAACCUUGCUGCGUGGAAAAUUAGCAUUCCAUAUGUAGAUUUUUUUGAGGAUCCUUCAGAGAGGAAAGAGAAAAAAGAGAGAAUUCCCGUGUUCUGUAUUGAUGUUGAAAGAAAUGAUCGAAGAGCAGUUGGGCAUGAGCCUGAACAUUGGUCCGUUUAUAGAAGAUAUCUUGAAUUCUAUGUGCUUGAAUCAAAACUAACAGAAUUUCAUGGAACAUUUCCUGAUGCCCAGCUUCCCUCCAAGAGGAUCAUUGGCCCAAAGAAUUAUGAAUUCUUAAAGUCAAAGAGAGAAGAAUUUCAGGAAUAUCUACAGAAACUUCUGCAGCACCCAGAAUUGAGUAAUAGUCAACUUUUGGCAGAUUUUCUGUCCCCUAAUGGUGGGGAAACACAAUUUCUUGAUAAGAUACUUCCAGAUGUAAAUCUUGGGAAAAUUAUAAAGUCUGUUCCUGGAAAACUAAUGAAAGAGAAAGGUCAGCAUUUGGAACCUUUCAUCAUGAAUUUCAUUAAUUCUUGUGAAUCUCCAAAGCCCAAACCAAGUAGACCAGAAUUGACCAUUCUCAGCCCUACUUCAGAAAACAACAAGAAGCUUUUCAAUGAUCUGUUUAAGAAUAAUGCAAACCGUGCUGAGAAUAUAGAGCGAAAACAAAAUCAGAAUUAUUUUAUGGAGGUGAUGACUAUAGAGGGAGUCUACGAUUACCUGAUGUAUGUAGGACGGGUGGUUUUCCAGGUUCCUGACUGGCUUCAUCAUCUAUUAAUGGGAGCUCGAAUCCUCUUUAAAAACACCCUGGAAAUGUAUACUGACUACUAUCUUCACUGUAAACUACAACAGCUCUUUCAGGAGCACCGUUUGGUCUCACUCAUAACACUUCUCAGAGAUGCUAUAUUCUGUGAAAAUACUGAACCUCGCUCCCUCCAGGAUAAGCAAAAAGCGGCAAAAAAGACAUUUGAAGAAAUGAUGAAUUAUAUUCCAGAUCUAAUAGUCAAGUGUAUUGGUGAAGAAACAAAGUAUGAAAGCAUCAGACUUCUAUUUGAUGGUUUACAGCAGCCAGUACUCAACAAGCAGCUGACGUACGUUUUAUUGGACAUUGUGAUACAAGAACUGUUUCCAGAGCUUAAUAAGGUACAAAAGGAAGUUACCUCCAUGACAUCGUGGAUGUAAUUUGGUAUAGAAUAACUAUUUGAAAUUUUUAUCAUACUAGUGUAAUAGAAGUGUACUUUUUUUCUUUUACUAUUAUAUAUUCUGGUUUGUUUGUUUGUUUGUUUUUUGAUACAGGAUCUUGCUGUGUAGUACAGGCUGUCUUUGAGUUCACUAUGUAUCCCAGGCUGGCCUUGAACUCACAGUGAUCCUCCUGCCUCAGCCUCUCCAGUGCUGGGAUUACAGGCAUUUGCUACCAUGCUCAGCUAUGUAUUCUUAUUUGUCUUGUAUAUUUCAUUGUCCAACAUUUUAAUUAUUUUGUGUUUGAAUAAAGACUAAUACGUACUUAAUGAUUAAAGUGAUGAGGUUUCAUAGCUUUUCAUUUUAUACCUGUUUCCAGAUUUCACAAAAAUGUGUGUCACUGAACUACCAUUUUUUAAAGAGAAAAUUCGUACUUCCUUUAGGGCAAACAGAUAAGAUUGAUAAUCUUUGUAUUGUAUCACUUUGAAAAUAAUUUUUCAGUGUGGAAAAAGUAAGAUCUGACUUGCUUUCCAGUUUUUUGUUAAUAUAUUAGAUUUGUUUACCUUUUUUAUGUUGUACAUAGUUAAUUGUAAAUAAAUUUCUCCUAUGAGAUUUCUGUUAUACAGAGGGUUUAUCCUUAUCCUUAUGACUGACAGAUGUUAGUCCUGCUCUGUGUGAAAACUGAAUACUUAACAGACAUUUGUUACCGUGUAGUUAUAACUAAAGUGACCUGAAUUGUGUAUUACUAUAUUCCAAAACUUAUAUUUACUGUGUAGUUCAGGCUGGCCUUGAACUUGCUGCAGUCCUCCUGCCUUAGCUUGUUGAGUAUUGGGAUUAUACAUAUGCACCACUGUACCUAGCUUUUAAAAGAUUAUUUUUUAAAGAUUGUAUGUUUGGUUUAAUAGUGCACUUGUAAUUCCAGUUAUUUAGCAGAGGCAAGAGGAUGUAAGUUUGAGGGCAGCCUGGGCAACUUAGUGAGGCUUUGUUUCAAAAUAAAAAAUAAAAAGGUCUGGAAAUGUAGUGCAGUAGUAUAGCUCUUGACUGUUAUAUGUGAAGUCCUGAAUUCAAGCCCAGGAUUUCCAAGAAAUUAAAAAGAUUCAGUGUUUUGAAUUUUACUUAGAAUUUUUCACUGUGUUAUAUUUUGUCCCUGAAAUAAAUUUGUUAAGAUUAUGUUGCACUUGGUUGUUGGUUUUAGUGUUAUUUCAGAAUGUAUUUAUUGUGCUACAUGUAUUAAAUUCUAAACUGUGUUAGGGAACUCUGUAUAUUACUUAGAAAAUGAACACACUCAAUGAUAACUAUAUACUUUUUCCCAAAAUUUCAAAAAAUGUCCCUGAAGUGUACAAUGUUUUUAAAAAAGUUUUGCUAGUAGUUCUAUAAUUUUUUUUAACUACUUGAGUGCUUUAGAAUAUGCCUGGUUCUCUGUGAACCACUGGUUUAGUAGUAAGCCUUAAACAAAUUCACUAAUUUCUCAGGAAUGGAGAAAAAUUAAUCAGGCUAAUCAUUUCAAUCCAUAGCAAUUUGAACAUUAUUGAAAAUGUAAUGAACUGGAAAAAUAAAGUGUUUCACAGUUUUUUAAUGCUAUCCUCAUCUAAUUUUCUUCUUUUUUGAAAAAAAAAAUUACCUAUUCUUAAAUUAUGGUAUUCUGUUUAUUUUGGUAAGAAAAAACUAUGCUAGAGGCCCAAAUGGCAGAGCCUUGAGUGUUAGCAACUCAGCUUCUCCAGAACAAAAUCUCUAUAGAGUCUGGGAAACAGUAACUUACAAAGAGACUAUAGUGAGUGCAGGUUAUCUGGGAACAACAGGGAAACAGACAGGAGAAGAAAAUAUGAUGAAGUGAUACAGAAGAAACAGUUCAGAGUGCAGAGGACAGAUGGCCACCAAAGGCUGUCUAGCUGCCACCUGGGAGACGAAGUGAAGCUGACAACUGUUUUGCUCUGGGAGAACCAGAGAACUGCCUGGGGAUCAAAAGAAUCAUUUGCAGUUGGAAUCAGCAAGGAAAUGCAGAACGCUGCUUCCAGAGCAGCCUUCCACAGUCUACAGUUGUUGAGUGACCUGCAUACAAGCACCUGCAGCUGCAACAGCACAGCGUAAGCCGGCAGGAACACCGCUGUAGGGGAAGGAAGAGUGUUUGAACCUGUGUUCCAUAGCACCCCUUACCUGCAUCACAUUGCCGUGUUCCCAGAGUGGAUGAGGGAAGAUAGUCAUGGGAGACUGCUGGCUGGCAGUUAGAGAGCAGAAGAGGAGGAAGGGCAGGCUGGUGAACACAGACUGAGUUCCACAGGCUUGAAAGUUCACAUUGGUGCCGUGUUCUCACUGUAAGCAGAUCUCUGUAGCCAGCACCAUCUGAGGAUAGACUGCCGCCCUAGACCUGCAGCAUGAACACAGACAUGUCUUGGCAUGAGUUGUACUCCUUAACUCUAGCCUGAGGAAAAGAGCCAUGCAUUCAAAAGAAUAAAAACGUUCUCACAUUA